CCUCCUGCUCCGUAUGAAGAGUGAAUGCGUGUGAGCUUCCGCUGCCUGUAUGGUCUAUCGUUCAUUGAAACUUAAAAUUAAAAUAGGUAAAAGUUGUAAAAACUUGGCCUGACCUCACAGUUUGAUAUUCGCAGUAGUUCUUUAUAUGUCAAUAAUAUACUGUGUAUGGAGAAUUGUGCCUGAGCACAUGAACGAUGUCUGCCAUGUUCGAGGGGAAUGCAUUAUCAGCCAUGCAGACGUCGUCUCACUGCCACACUCCUCUAAACAAUUACAGCCCUCAAGAGCUGGCUUUAGAAAUUAAGGCUUUCAUCAGUGGUGUUGACCAGACGCAGGGACGUAAACUCAGCGUUCGCGAUCAUGCCCGGUGUGCAGUACGCCUCCUUCGAACGGUACCGGCUUGCCGCGGAGCCGUCUUAGAGCACUUAAGGGGCGUGUAUGAUGAAUAUGUUGCAGCUUUUCUACAAGAUCUGGAGGCAGAAAGUGAAAACGGAGGCAACGGUACAAGUGGAGGAAGCAAUGCCAGCGUAACCAAUUUAGAGGAUGUUAUUAAAGAAGUUCAUGCUGUCCUGUCAGAAUUCAUCGAACUUAGUCCUAAAGCUUGGGCACCACUUGUGUCCACGUGGGCUGUAGACCUUCUUGGUCAGCUUAGUAGCAAGCAUGCAGGACGAAGAGCGGCUCCUCACUCCUCCAGCCUGAACGAACUGCUGCAGCUAUGGAUGUCGUGUGCAGCCACGCGCUCACUUAUGGAGUGCUACUCUCAGUGUCUAGCGGCCAUGUUGGCAUGGUGUCCUGAUGCCUGUGUGGAUGCGUUGCUGGACACCUCUGUUCAGCACUCGCCUCAUUUUGACUGGGUUGUUGCCCACAUUGGUUCUGCCUUCCCUGGAACUAUCAUUAGCAGGGUACUGGCUUGUGGGCUCAAAGACUUUUAUGCUCAUGGAUAUGCCUCCGCUGACAAGAUGAGCCAACAGCAGCCAAUAGACAAGAGCAGUCGGGUCCCCAAAAUAGGCUCAGUGGUUGGUAUCCUUGGACACUUGACUUCCAGGCAUUCGGAUAGCAUCAAGAAAGAGCUCCUCAGGAUGUUCCAAGACAGUUUGUCUCCUCCGCCACAAAAUGUACCUGCACAUUCAUCUGGGGCAGGUGGGUGGGAGAACUCACCUCACCUUCGAAGGGCCACCGUCCCUUUCCUGCUUCAGCUGGCUGCUCUUUCCCCUACACUCCUGGGUGCUGUUUCUGCAGAGCUGGUGGAUUUUCUUCGACCACCCGUACUAGUUCAGCUGCAGGCUCAGUUUCAGGCUCUGCCCCGGGAGGAGCUUGAGAACAUGUUAGGUCUAGCAGUGCACCUCAUUAGCCAAAGCCCUUCGGGUGGAACGAGGGUGCUAAAGUUCCUCGCUGACACUGCCACACCAUCUUCUGUAAUCAUAUCAGGUCCUACACCCUCCCCCCAUGAUAGUAUUCGAGAAGCCUGUGAUCGUUUACUCCAAAUGCUCCUGCUACACCUUCACAAGCUUGUUCACAACAGGCCAGAGGGUGACGAACCUUACCCACAUUCCUCAUCUGCCUCUGGUUCAGCAAUGCUCCAGGUGAUUCCAUUUCUAGAGGAGCUUCAGGGUCACAUAGGGGAACUGUGCGCUGAAACUUUGCGCCUUGAGAGGAAAAGGCACCUUUGGUUGCAUCAGCUUCUGUGUCUGUUAUCUGUAUACGGUGGUGCGAGCGUGGCCACUGAAGCUUUGUGUCAGCUCUUCACCCAAGCACGAAAUCCAGAAGAGCUUGCACUGGCUUCACAACUGUACACCCCUCUUUCCACUUCUCUUUCUGGGUUGAUACCCUCAACAGUAUCUCGGUGUGUUGCCCAGAUCCACACCCAGACCCUUAACAAUAGAGAGUUAGCUCAGCUCCUGAACAACCUAGCUACUGCAGUACAGAGUCAAGAGGAGGAUCAUAGAAAUGGUGGGCCUGCGGGGGGAAGUUCAGGUCAGUCGUCUAUGUCUGCACAGGUCAAAGUUUCUGUUUCCAUGCACCUUCAUGAUUUCUGCCAGUUGCUUCUUCAUGGUGACACUGUGGUAUCCAGGGCUACUGCUCGUCUUCUAUCAUGCAGUCAGCUUCCCAGAGCUUGUUCUCCUGCCCAUUUACUACUGAUAUGUCGAUCAGCAGUGUCCCAUUUCUUUGUUUCUCUACGAAAGCAAGGCGAGGUCCUAAAAGCAGGAUGGCAGCCAGUGGAAGAGGAAGUCGCCUACUCCAUGCGUCUAUUGUCACGUCUAGCAGGCUACUCCCCCUUGGCACUUAAAGCUGUGUUGCAACAACUGGUGGAAGGUGCCCUACUCAAAGGAAACAGAGAUUUGUUUGGGGGUCUGCAGGAAAGUCAAGGUGAUGACACCACACAAUCAGCCAACCACCCAGAUAUCUCCCUGCUGGACAUCAACUGCAAAUUUGGCACCUCUGUUAACUUUACCGGUAACGUUUGGUCCGUGUUUCAUUCUGGUGUGAUUGGAAAGGGUUUAAAACCUCCUCGCAUUCCCUUCCAACCUGAUCCAGACAGAGUCAGUCAUAAUGUACAGACCUUGCUCGCAUUAACCGUUAAAUGUUGUAGUUCAGGUGGAGGAAGCACUACAGGCAAUGCUAGGAACGGCUCUGCUGCAGAUGCUGGUAAUGGCCUUCCCCCAAUUAAUGCAGAAGCUGCAAAGGUCAUUGCAGUAACAUUAGUGGAGAACAUCUGCCCAGACGUAGCAAAUGGAGAGCUGUCAUGGCCACCAGAGGAACAUGCUAAAACCACAGUCGAGCGAGACAUACACAUUCGCCGUGCCUUUAAAGGAAACCCUGUGUUGUUCCACCUUCUCCGUGUGGUGGCAGCUGGACGUCCAGCUCUGUGUUACUGCUCUGUUGUUCUAAGGGGCCUACUUUCUACCUUAUUGGCUCAUUGGGAAGCAUCAAGACAACCAUCAGUAUCAGACUCCCCCUGGCAUCUUCAAGCAUCCUGUUUGCUUGUAUCAUGUAUGGGUGAGGGACAGCUUCUACCACCAGUACUGAGCAACAUCCAAGAGGUCUUCCCUCACAUCUCACCAUUUGAAGUCAGGCUGCUCCUGUUGGGUGUUUGGGAGUACAUGCGAGGCAACAGCCCUAUGCCACAGAAAUUCACCUUCUGUGCCGAUCAAGGAAUUUUCUUUCGGGACUUUUCGCGCGACGGUGAUGUUGCACGCUAUAUAGCACCCAUUCACAGCGUUUUGCAUAAGAACAUUGAUCGUCUGGGACACAUGUGCUGGAGGUUUCAAGUUUAACUUUUUUAAGUACUAUUUUGUUAAGUAACCAGGAGGCUGUGAUCAUCAGGGUUACAAAGUUUUUUUUGUAUUUAAAUAUUUUUCAACAAGUAGUGCUCAGUGCAUUUGUACGUUUUAAUAAGAUUGUUGAGAUGUAGAAGAAACCUGUGUAGUUGUGACUUCACCUUUCACCUUCACGUCACCUCUGUUUUUGUAUUGUUAAACAUUUACAUUGUGUAUCCAACUUUGUGUACAUAGUUUAUUGUUUUUUUAAGCACUGAAAAUGUUUAUGCAUACAGUGAAAUUUCUAUUCACAUUUUGUCUUUGUGUUGUUUUGGAAAAGUAAAGAUGUCUAAAAUCGU